ACCAUAGCACCAGUACAGCAGCGGUUGAGGCAGUAGAAGGUCACCGGGUAUUUAGAAUGUGGUGUGGGUGAUCACUUCUGCCUUAAUAUACGCUAUAAAGAAUACUAUAGUGUUGAGUAAAGUUGAAGUGGAUUAUAAAGUGAUAUUCGUGUACGGUUUUGCAAGGAAGUUGGCAGAACAAGCACUUAGUACUCUGAAGUGGCGUUUGGGAUUUGUUUGUCCUCGAACAUACAGAUAUUAGUGGUACUGUGUUCCAUCCACCCAAUCUAAGAACACUAGGAGGAUAUCGUGUUUGUAUGCUUCAAUCUACGCUGGUGACGUCACCCAUGCUCCAAACGCUGGUGCUGUCGCUGGUGGUGGUGGCUCCCCAUCACUGCUUGGGUCAGGAGGCCACAACCCCUGCAAAACACAGAGGGGGAUAACUUGAACCCCUUAAGGCAAAGGCAAGACUCGGAGAACUUGCUCAACACCUCUCGCAGAGCGUGAUACCUGCUGUUGCGCUAAAGCUAUAGAUCGAGCAGUGGAAGUCCUCGAUGGAUUCAUGAAUACCUUGACGUCAUUACUCAAUAAGAACGCCACAACUAACACAGUAGCUCCGUGUCCCUACCCCUUCACCCAGGUGAUCUACGAAUGCUUCUACGCCCACCAGAAGAAGCUGACAUGGCCGCAGGCGAGACGAGUGUGUCAAGGCAUGGGUGGCGACUUGGCAAAUCCCGAGCACCCGUUUGCCCCUUCAGACCUACCUGGCAGACACUUAUGGUGGAAAAAGGCUCCUGGAUCUGUUAAAAUUUAUGGGACAGAAAGAUGGAUUGGACCCGGGUACUUCUGGGUAGGAGGCACAGACGUAGGUGCUGAAGGGACAUGGCAGUGGGUGUCUGAUCGCCCCGUGGACCCUGAAGAGUGGCUCUUUUCUCGCCCGGACAACAGAGCCGGCGACGAACACUGCCUAGAGAUCGUUAUGUCAGACUACCCUGGACUCUACAAUGACGAAACCUGCUCCAUAGCUCAAAGGUUCAUUUGUCAGUAUAGGCAUUAAGAGAUACGAAAAAUAUGUGGAUGUACAAUAAAAGUUAAGAAAUUUAUUGAAACGCAUAUAAGAUUUAUGAAGAAUAUGAGAAAACAUGAACAUUUUAGUAAAAUAUAGAUGUAUAUUAAAGGUAAAAUGGUAGAUGAUUUGGUCUUGUAUAUUUCUGGCUAUUGUUGAUACAUUCACUUUAACGUAAGAGCCAAGAGUCGACAAUCUAUAAAAUCUGUGUUGUAUUUUCAUAUUUAUUUUUUUACAACUACAAGUGUAUCCACGUAUGCUUAUUCAACCAGUAAGGGUAUUUUUCUUGUCUGGUAAUUACACUAAAAACAAAUUAAUACAUGUGUAAAAUAAUAGACAAUUAAAUAGAGCCUCACAUUUCCUUAUCUAUUGUUUAUAAGUACAAACAAGUAUAUAAAAUAUGUAGACUAUUAUCAUAUAAAAGUUUGUAUUUGUCUGUUUACUGUUUACAUAUAUAUGGACUCAUUAAUGUACACAGGUAUAUUUGUUGGCUAUUUAUAUAAUGUAUUUAGUCUUUUCUCAUCUAUUGUUUAAAGGUAUAAAUACAUUGAUCAGUGUGAAAUAUAAAGACUAUCUAAAAACUUCCUUAUGCUGAGUCCUAUGAUUGGUUGAUUUGUCUAGGGAGAUAUCCAAAAUGUUUAGGUAAAAUAUAUUGUAUCGGUAACAUUAAAGCUAAGGUGUAAAAAUUCCCUCUUAAAAUGUUAAAUAGAAACUCGGAAUAAAAAUAUUUCCUAAAAAAAUUGAUCCCAUUAAUAUUUUACUUCCGGUAUAAUUAACUCACCACUUUACUCAUCUGUUCAACGUUUUCAAGGACAAUAAUGAUCAUUCUUAACGUUUUUAUGGCAUUAUUGAAUCCUCAAACGUUAUCAAGGACAGGUAAACUACCCAACGACCUAUGUAAUUCCUUCAUUCUCUGGCUGGAGUCUUUCAUACACUCCAGGAAAUUUAUCACCGACUAACAAAAUUAUUUAGCAAAAGUCUAAAAUAAAAAAAAUAUAAUAGGCUUUUCUCUGAGUUCCUGUUUACAUAUCGAAGGCAGUAUUCCGACAUAAGCCGCUUCCACAACCUGUAAAAGAAUCUUUGUAAACGAGAGAUUUCGUAAAAGUUGAAUUUCCUCACCCGGCGACGUUGCUCUGUCCUGCCGCCGGCCUGACCUUGGCUUUUGUGCCUCUAACCUUGACCAGGAAGAUAAAUUCUCCUUGGCUUCUUUAUUAGUAUUUAUUGAUCUUUUUUUUUUAUUGUCUGACGCUGUAGCUGCUGCUGCUUCUAGUGGGACUUAAGGUGAGAAAAUGUCAAAAGUUGAUAUAAUGCUCUUUUCUUCUCUCUCUCUCUCUCUCACCUGUUUGUUCUCAUGUUCCGUCUUUUCAUGUGGCUUCUCUUGCUCUCAUUUUCUCAUCGUUUAUUAUUCCAUCUGCUUCUGUGUAUUUCUUAAUGUCGCCUUUUCUUCUCUUUCUCAGAAAUAUAACUUACAUAUAAAUGCAUCUCAAGUUUUACCAGAGUUACCGCAAACAAUUUACCUCGCCGUUUUCUGUUACACUAACUGAACCUGAUAUUUUUGGCUUCCGCCCCGUAGAGUUGUUUUGUUUUAAUUUUGUAUCCAGUUUAUAAGGCUUUUAAUUAUGUUUGUUCUUGUUUCUGGUGAAGGAGGGGAUAAGUCUAUUAUAGGAUAAUUACAUUUUAAGGAUUGGCUGGGUGACAUGUUCUACCUAACUUUUUCCAACAGGAGGAAAAUAGGAAUUCAGUUCAUCCCGUUCUGAUCAAGUUUUAAUUAUGUGUCAAAUUUGAAUUACUUAGUGGAAUCAGGAGUUGUUUCUUGUCCUAAUACUAAAUGAUACUAAAUGUUACAUAAUACUUCCUUGAGAUAAAUGUAUAGUAUAUAUCAGGUGCCU